UAACGGGCCGCGGACAUGCGGCGCGGCGGGGAGGGGGAGGAGGAGGAGGAGGAGGAGGAGGACGGGGAGGAGGACGGCGGCCCCGAGAGCGCGCUGCAGAAGAGCCCCUUCCAGCUGACGGCUGAGGAUGUCUACGACAUCUCCUCCGCGGUGGGCCGGGACCUCCUGCAGCUCAGCGCCGGCACGGAGGCGCCCGCCGCCGCCGCACGGCUGCAGUUCAGCAUCGUGCGGGUGCUGGAGAUGCUGGAGGCGCUGGUGAGCGAAGGCAGCCUGAACGAGGAGCAGCUGAGGAUGGAGCGGGACAGCCUGCGGGACGAGCUGGAGGCGCUGCGGGGGCGCGGGGCGGCGGGGAGCGGCCAGCAGCCCAACUUGGGACCAGAUAAAAUGGUGAUAGACCUCACAGAUCCAAAUCGGCCUCGGUUCACAUUACAGGAGCUGCGAGAUGUGUUGCAGGAACGUAACCAGUUGAAAGCUCAACUUCUCGUGGUGCAAGAGGAGCUGCAGUGCUACAAAAGUGGGAUCAUCUCACAGAGAAAGGAUGAGACUAAAGAACUGGAGAAGGGACCCCACGGCAGCAGAAAGGACAGCAGUGAGAAGACAAUCGUCAAACGGCUGUUCUCUUUUAAACACGGAAAAUGAACAUUCUUGAAAACUUGCCACUUCUGUUCAGAAAUGGCCCCAGUGAAAGCAUCUGAAGGAGCAAGGAGUCAAGAACUGGAGAACAAAGCAUCACUCUUAGUGGUAGAGAAUAAGCAGUCUCAGAACAAUUGUUGUACAAUAUUCUUUCAGAAUAAGCUUUACUUUGCUUUUUUAGCAACCGUUUAACAUAUGUACACUUUUUGCAUUGUUGGAUUCCUUUCAGACAUUACUUGUGGAAAAAAAAUAAAUGUUUCUAUAUAAAG